AUGUCGUCCUUCACCCUGACGCCGAUCGUUCAACAGGCGGUCGAGCAUCGCCUCGAAGAGCUCAAACGCACCAAGAAGUCUUUCGAGCGACGAUACCUCUCUGAAGCGGCGGAGUCUGACCAGCUAAGUGUCAUCGCACGUCUCGGUAGACUGCUGGACGAAGUGAAGAUUCUGGAGCCAAAGCUCGACGAAGAGGACGGCGAAUGGUUGACAGAGACCAUCCAGCGAUGCAUCGAACAAGCCCAAGAUGACAAUGCGAUCUCCGAAAAAAAGCUAUUGAGGCUUGAGAAGAGCUUGCGCGAUAGGUUGGGCAGAUUUCGCAACCGCAUGGAGGUGUCGUGUCUACACGCACAGCUCAUCAAGGAGGCUACAAACGCGGCUAAGAUCGAAACGGCGGCUACUAAGCUUGAGGCUGUAGCACUGGACGACGAUGACUUCGAAGUAGUCGAUAACGAAAGCGAAGAAGUUCUCGAGAAGUUUGAGAAAGCCUGUUCCCAGCCUACCAACGUGAACAGCCAGUCGAUCGAGACCUAUCUUUCGAGCUUGUUCACCUCCGAAGACGAACACCUACAAUCGAUCCGAGACGCAAUGAAAGCAUACGGAGAGGAUUUGAGUAGCGGAGAAAUCGAGAUAGAUGAGGAUUGCUUGGCGUGGAUAAUGACGGACUUGACGAAGUCGGAACGACUCAGCCCCGAGCGGAAAGGUACCCUCGCAGGGUAUCUGCAGUCGCCCGAUGCAUUACGAGAGCUUGUCGCGACCUUGAACAUGAUAAGCUAUCGCGACUGGAACUAUAGAAACGCGGAGGCAGGCUUGCCAGUCGAUGUACGCAAAACGAGGAGCGGCCAGGAUUACGUUCACGUCGAGGUAGACAUUAUCGACAUGUUGUUUCAGCAUUGCUGUGCGAUCGGGUGGGCCGUGAAGCUGAACGUGUGUCUGAAAGACUUCGUCCACGAUUCGGGUCUGUUUCGCUGUGCUCCGUUGACAGAAGCGGAGCUCGACAAACGUGCUUUCUUUUUCGAUACACCUCGUCCUGCACCAGCCAUGGGUACUGCAUGUGGGGGUUAUCUGUCGCCACCACCGCCACCCUUACCUUGCAUGUUCCAAUCAAUACCUCCUCCUCCCCCUGAUCUACCUCUGUACAACAGCAGAAAGGGUAGUCGAAAGAAGAAGAGGAAUAAGGAUAUGUAUCCGAGAAUGCCCAUGGCACCUCCACAGCCACCGUCAGUUGCGCCUAUGGGCGUAGAAAGUCUUCGAAAAGACAACUACGAACAGCACUUCUUCAUGUCGCGUCUCCCCCAGCACGACGGCGAAGUACCCAAGAUCGUAUCCUCUGAAGACGUCCAGGCAAGAUUGAUCAAGACCUUGGCUGUGGAAUGCAAGCUUCGAAACGCUUUUGAUGGCAAGAUGAGCAUCCGAAGUUCGGCUAGUGAUCCGGAGAGACUCCUGACGCCUGGUAGUGGAGUAGCGGUUGAUCAUGGCCUAGAGAUGUUGUUCAGCGAAGCUGUGCUGUUAUUCCUCGAUCUUGCCACGCACAAAGCGACGAAGUCGUACAUAUACCGUCUGUAUGACCGCUGCUACUUUGUCGGUACUGCGAUCCAGGUCAAGAGUGUCGAGCAAGAAGCUGCCCGCUUCUCUGAUAUCAUGGGACUGAAGCUGCGCAAUGCCUCGUCCAUUGGCGGACUCUCCAUCGGACUUUUGACCAUGGGCUUGCAGGGGUCAUUGUGUCUCGAUAAGAGCCGGGAAUUAGGCGUGGAUGAGACCAAAGUCGCACUAUACGCAACCCACGUGGAAGCUAGGCUCAAAAUAUGCUCAACCGUACUGGAGUGGAUUCGCGAAUGGAACGACACUGUCGGUACCUACGCAGCACAGCUCUUCGGGCCUCUCGCCAAUGUGUUCGACGCAGCACAUCGCGAUGCCGUCAAGUCAGCUUAUAGACGUAUCCACUCUAUCGUACUUGGUGGUAGCGACUUGACCACGUACGUUGCGAAGAUGCUCAAGCCCCAUCUGACAUGUGGUCUAGAGCGUAUGUCUUUUGAUCUUGAGCCCAUCAUCUACCUCCCGCAAUCUUAUGGUGGCCUCGGUGUAAAGACUCCGUUUGUCACUUUAGCAUCCGCCGCCAAGAUUAGUGAAUCUGGUUCCGGAAGGAUCGAAGGAUAUCUCAGCGAAGAGGCUGCCUACUAUAAGCAAGCCGCAGACAAAUACACUCGGACGUCAGGCUGCCAACGUCAGCAAAGGCUCGAAACGAUCUUCAACAACGACCUAUCAAGGAUGAUCUCAGCGCUUGGUCCUGAAGUAACAUCCAGCCUUUGUCUCGCAGCCCUUCCGUUCAUGACAAAAGCUGAGAUGACGGAAUAUCGUGAACGUACUUUGUAUCCGUUGAUUUCUGGCGACUUCUGGAGUCCCGUUUUGUUAAAGAUGCCCAAUCUUCUCUGCCUCUAUCAUGAUCUACUUGGCGAGGACACUGGUCGCAUUGAAGAAAGCCAAAGGACCAAGCGAGAGGUACAACGUCUUUCCCGAACGAGGGAUCUGAAAGACUGGUACAGGGUGAGCCAGCUGGAAAAAUGGACGUUGCAGCUCUAUAGCGAAGAGUGCUUUGAAAGGUACGGCGGCCUUGAAAUCUGGUGGGCUGAGGGCAUGCCCGUGGAAGUCUACAACAGCCUCAGAGGUCACAUGUCGGAUGACGACGACGACGACGACGAUUGUAGUUCAAUUGUCUCAAUAGUUUAG